UCAUGCAAGCGGAGGAAAACGAGGAGGAUCUGAUUGGUGCAAUAGAGGAGGAACUUGCAUCCAUUGAAACUUGUGUGACGGAUACAGCAGCUCGUUUUGAGGCUCUAACGUUGGUGGAUUUGAUGGAACGGCUUGGAAUCCAAAGAUACUUCCAACAUCAAAUCCAACGUAUUUUACAAACGACAUACAUGCAAUGGGAUGAUAAGCGUGGGUUGAAUGAUGCAAAAGCCACAGUAUUAGCCUUUCGCUUGCUAAGGCUUCAUGGCUUCCAAGUCUCUGCAGGUGUUCUUAUGGCUUUAGAGGGUGGAAAAAAGAGCUUUUAUGAUUGUUUCUCUGUCGAUUCACCAACCAAUGUAUCAGCUAUGUUGAACCUGUAUAGAUGCUCUCAGACAGGGCUUCCCGUCUGAAUCAAAAAUCAUGGGAGAAGCACAGGAAUUUGCAAGGUCCCAACUCCUUGACGUUAUGU